GACCAAACAAACAGCCUCAGUCGAUGAAGGGUGGGCACCCGCACCACAAGCCGGUGUGCUCGCAGACUGCCCACCACACACCCCUGCUUCUGCCCCAGGGAAGCCCCUGGAAGAGGUACCUGGGAGGGAGGAGGAGUCGGGCUGGGGAAGAAGGUGAGGUGUUUCACGUGUCUGAGCACGAAAGGGGCGGAGUUGGGCCGCCUGGAGGCUGCCUGGUCGCUUAGCAACGGCUCAGCCUGGAAACAUGGACCCUACGGGUGACCGGGAGCUUCAGGCCAAGCUGUAUUUAGAAAGACAUCGGAUCAUGGAGUUGCUGAGUCAACUAACUAGCUUCCUCCUCUUUGCCCGACCAAAAAAACCGAGAGAUUAUUUAAUCUCUCUUUUGGAACGUCUGAGAAUCGCCAAGGCAAUGAAAGUGGCAUAUCCCUACUUUAUGGACAACUCUAACAUCGUGUCCAUGUUUGAGAUGAUGGACACCGCCGGCAGAGGCUGCAUAUCGUUUGUGCAGUAUAAAGAAGCCCUAAAAAACUUGGGCCUUUGUGCUGCAGAUGAAGUUCUGAAUGAUGAUGGACACAUAAUAACUUUGGAUAAAUUCAGGGAUGAGGUGAACAAGAGGAUGGAAAAAAUGUGGUCAAUGUUUUAGUGGCAUUGUAACUCAAAGAUAAUAAAUGGUUCUACCAAGUU